UCGAUGCUGCGUCGGUCGGUCAGCAGUCACCAGAGAUCGAAUCGGUUCAAGAUAAAUCGUUUGCCCGGCAUUAGGAACGAUGGACACAAGAAGACAGGCGUGCUGUCCUCAGCUUUUCAGACUUACUUGCCCUUCAGAUCGAAGGAAACUUUGAAAUCCCAAAGCAAAUUCGACGCAUCACGCUCAAUCGGUUAUGAAUUUCAGAGUGCCGAGCGUCCACAGAUAGAUCCAAUAAAUUGUAUGCUGCAGGAGAACGCCGACUGUAUAAUGCCCAGUAACUCAACUGAAUCUCAAGUGCUAAACCCAAACGUUUCUUCAAAUAUGGAUAAAGAUGCAGCUGGCGGUGGUGAGGGCGAUCGGAAUGGCAGUGAGCUGAAAGCAAGAGGAAGCAACAGCAACAGCAACAGCAACAGCAGCAGCAGCAGCAGCAGUCGCAGAGGAAAUCGAUUUAAGAGGAACAUCAAGAAUACCGGAAGUCUAAUUGUGCGCAAAUUGACAUCCUCCCGUUACGGGAGGGACACUGGCAAGGCAGGCGGGCAGACCACAUCAAAGCACUCGGAUGGCGCGGAAGAGAAGAAUGUUAUAAAUAACGAUAAGCCAAACAACACCAAACAGAAUGUAGCAAUGUUACGCACCACAACUCUCUAAAUACAUGCAUAUACAUAUAUACCACAUAAACAAGAAAGAAGAAACCAGAAAGAAGAAACAAGAAAGAAGAUCGGGCCUCCUGUGGCGAGAGUCAGAUGUAUUUGUCUCCAAUCAUAGUAUGACACUAGCCUAGCAUAGAAUCUCAACUAAAAAUUAAUGUUUUACAUUUAUUCAUUGAUCUAUCGCGUAUUGAAUAUCUUAUAUAAUAAUAACAGACGAGCAGACAAAAUUUAACCAACUUAAGUACAUAAGCACCAACAUGCAUAAUGUCAUAUGUACACCUAUAUAUUGAUAUCGUUAAUUGCUAGACAGCGUAGGUGGGAGCCACACCGUUUUAAUUCAAUAAAAUGAACAAAAAAUAUACAUAUAUAUAAAAAAAAAAACAAAAAUCAACGCUAUUUAACGCAUUUUUUACCCCGUGGAUUUAAAGUACACAUAAAACAUAAAACAUAAAGAAUACGAAUUUUUGUUGAUAAUUAAUUUAGGUUUAUGUUUGGCUUUUUUCGUUGGUUUUCGUAAAAUAACACAGAAAUAAAACAAAAAUACAUGAAACAACAAAUAGAUUGACAAUUGUCGAAAAGUCAGUUGAUUUGGUGUUAUUAAACAAUGGAAUAUGAACUCAUAUAACUAUACGUCUGCUAUAAAAUCUUUUUUAUUUAUAAAUGCGUUUGUAGCCGAUGCGCUUGUUUCCUUAAAUGAGUUCUUUUUAUAAAGUAGCCCAAGCUUCAAGUUACACAAAACAAGCUACAAACAUAAAAUUUUAAAAAUGUAUAUUGUAUUUAAAUAAUUAUAUUUAUUUAACCACUUCUCAAA